AUGGAACACAGUCAACUCAUCAAUAAGAACUUUGGUUUAAACACUUCUAGGCGCAUUCUGGAUUCUAUUGAUUACUUGUGUCUGGACUUUAGUCUAAAUCCAGCGCAAUGCCAGAGUCAUACUGGCUUGGUGCUAGAUUUCUGA